AUGAAGUGUUUAGUGGCAGGUUGCGAAACUGAUGAAAACGUUGUCAGUUACACGUCGGUUUUUUUCGUCAAUUUACCCUCGGAUCCUGUGGUGCAAGAACAAUGGUUCACAUUGCUAGGGAUAGCCGAUGCCGGUCUCAUACAAGCCAUGUUGAACGGAGAAGCAAAAGUGUGCAGUUGUCAUUUCGCCGAGGACAGCUUCGGGCACCACCCAGUGUAUGGUUAUCGGUUUCUGUUGCCCAAAGCAUUGCCUACAGUUCUUCCGCUGGCAAAGUACGAUGGGGAAGUGAUGGACGAUGAGACUGUUGUUGAGCAAAGGGGACCACCGCUAGACUACUACUUCGUGUAUCUAAAUGAUACUUCAGAGCCGGCCAUUAUCGAUGAAGCAACGUUAAACGAAGUGACCGGUGCAAAUGAAUUCAAUUUGAUCGAAACCCCGGAUACGGAAGAUGCUGGGAAAUCCAUUGCAGAAACUGACGACGAACCAGUUGAGCAAAUCGGUAUUGAUUAUGCGAAUGGGAAAUAUUACUUCUUGAAGCUAGAUAACGAUCUUCUACCCGAAAAUGAUUUGGAACCAUUAAACAACGGCAGUGUCAAACCAACGGAGCUAAGUUAUCCAGAGCAACUAAACACAGAUACCGAAGUGGAAAAUGAAAAAGAAAAAAACAAAGAAAAUAAUGUAGAUGAUGCUGAACACUCUUUUGUCGAAGAGGCUAACCAUUUUAUUAGUAACAGUGUGCAAAAUGUAGACCAGUCAACCCAUUUACCCAUCGAGGCCUUACCUUGCGUCCAAGACGAGGUGCUCGAAGAACAGGAACCUAAAACAACGGCUGAGAAAAAUACCUCCGAACAGGAUGGUAAAGAUAAUCAAUCGUCACAGGAAGAGAAAGUCGAAGAGUAUCUUUCUUCCAGUGAAGCAGAAACUGACAAUGAUCGUAAUGUUAACGUAGAGUUUGAUGAGACGAUACAAUUAGAAUAUGGUCCCAUAGAAGCGCUCGAUGAAGUUUCCGUGUGUGGAGACAUCGUGCGCAUUCGACAAAAAAAUGAGCGAAUUGACCGUUUCUUCUGCUCGGAAUGCAGUAAAGGAUUCCAAUACAAAAGUGCCCUGGAACGGCAUAGUUUAGUGCAUUCUAAGGAGAAAAAAUUCGCGUGUGAGGAGUGCGGAAAUAGGUUUACUCAAAAGAUCAACCUGGAUAUCCACAUGCGAUUACAUACUGGACAACGGCCAGAAAAAAAGUUCACUUGCCAAAUUUGUGGAAAAAAAUGCUGCCGUAUGAGCGAACUCGAAACGCAUAUGACGGCACACCUGAAAAAAUUCCCUCACGUGUGUCCGAUUUGCACGGAGCGUUACUCGGAUUUGACUAACUUUUACGACCACUUGAGAGCCGACCAUCAGAACGAAAUGCGUCUGCAGGAGGUCAUUGAUCUGCUAUCGCAAAGUGAAAAUGCAAUGGUAAUUUACGAGAAGGAACCCGGCAACAUCGUAAGCGAGGAUGGCCGUUAUGGGUGCGCUGUUUGUGGCAAAUCAUAUCGACAAGAGGUGAUGCUGGAACGACACAAAAAGAAAAUGCACGUGAAGAUCUUCCGGUGUCCGCACUGUCCAAAGAAAUUCCCUUACAAGAGCCUACUGAUCAAACAUCUCCCUUCGCACACUCUCGAGAAGCCCUUUUCAUGUCCAUAUUGUUGGCGUUCUUACACGCAGCGUAUCAAUCUCAAGGUGCACAUCACCCGUAAGCACUCAAGUCUAUGCCCGGAACUGCAAUUUCAAAGGCCGGAAGAAGAUGAAGAUGACGAUGGUCAGACAGAGACUAGUGAUAAAAAAUCUGCAGCACGAUCGUACAGCUGCAAGCAGUGCAGUAAAAUAUUUCCCCGACUGUCCUCACUGAUCGCGCAUCUUGAUGCACAUUAUAACGAUACAGUGCCCGAAACAUUCGACUGUGAUUUAUGUGGCAUUUCGUUGUCCGCUCGCGUCACGCUCCUGAGGCAUCGCUGGCGUGUGCACGGUGCACGAAGAAGUAACCUAAACAUGAUCACCAAUCUGGAUCUGCGCAAUGUCACGAUUGUGCCGACGGAUAGUAAUCACUACGUGGAGAUCGAAGAUGAGAUGGAUACUAUCUUCGAAGAUUACAAUGUCGAGGAUUAGAUAACUGUGUGAAGUUUCACAACUAUAAAUGUAAUAGCAUACUUU